CUCGAGUUCAUAUGUAUGAAAUUUACGUCUCGAUACAUAUCGCCUCUAUAAGAGAUCGCAAACACUCUCGUUAAUACUUCCACUAUGGCGCCGUCACACGAAUCGGGGUCCUGUCUGUGGAAUAGAAGGAUGCACAGGAGUUUCAUUUUCGCGAUUGGUAUUUUAAGUUUGCUUAUGUUAGUUGUUUACUAUCAAUACGACUUGUCAUCAAUAUCGAAAUUCCACCUAGACAAACUAGCACCAGGAGGGUCGGGCGUGGUAGGCGAUUCUAUAGCGACAGAAUCAAAUCCUUCAACUGGUGUAGCUUCGACAGGCUCAAAAGGAGGUUCGACUAAUACGAAAGUUGAAUUGGACCAGACGCGGGUUGCUCUCCUUCUCGAAACUCGGCCCUUACCUCAUUUGCCCGCUCUUCUCGCACAUUUUAUAUCUGUUUUACCCGCACCGUGGGUUUUCCGCUUCGUUGGAACCCCUGAAGCUAAUGCAUUGAUCUCAUCUUCCUCGUCUCUUUCUGGCCAUGUUAAGACCGGAAAACUAGUCAUUACCGAGCUCCCCGAGAAAUAUGCCAUCAAAGACCAAGAGACUAUAAGCAUGACUCUUACAGAUUUGACCUUCUACAGAGACUUUCUCGCUCCUGCAGAGUGGCUUCUGAUGUUUCAAAGCGACUCAAUGAUAUGCGCAGCCUCUGAGCAUAACAUAGAAGACUGGAUUUCCAAAGACUAUUCCUGGGUAGGUGCCCCAUGGAAUAUGGCCGUAAAAGGUGGGAAUGGAGGAUUGAGUCUCAGGCAUAUCCCUCCCAUCCUUAGAAUUCUCGAAAAAGAAGUUCGUGAGCCCGGUACUCCGUGGGAAGAUCGUUGGAUAUGCGAUCGCCUCAUAGCAUCGAAUGCUGCCAAAAUGCCUGGACCAGACGUAGAAGUCAAAUUCAGCGUGGAAAGCCAGUGGUAUGAGAAGCCCUUUGGUUAUCAUCUAAUAGGAAGUGGUAAAUUUUUGAUCCCAGCCGUCUGGGAUAAUAAAGAGCGCAGAAAACAUAUUCUGGAAUACUGCCCGGAAGUCAAAAUCGUCCUGGAUAUGGAUUUGAACAGAGAGAAAGAGAAAUUGGCCAAGGAACUCGAGGAACUGAAAUCUCCAAAGGCUGGCAUGGAAAAGGAGAAAGGGAAGGAAGAUGGACCCAAGAAAGCGCCCAUUCCUAGUCUAUUCAUGGCAUUUGUACAAGAUCCCUCAACCAUGGCCGAAUCUCAACCCACAUCCUCCUCUACAACCCCCCCACCAGCAGCUCCCACCACGGCAAUAGAUUCUUCACUUUUCUCACAACGAUCACGGCGUCAAUUUGGUCUAUUCAUGGGCGGUGCAGCAUUCGUUGGUCUUUCGGCUUUUGUCACUCGCAGAGCACUCGUACGAAAAUAUAAGAUGAUGCUGCCAAAAUUCUACACACCUAGUAAUCGGGUUCAUGAAGUGGAUGGAUCUAUGGAGGCAUUGGAAGCUUUGAGUGUAGCAACUAUAAAUGUGGCCAGUAUCAGCGUAAUGCUUAGUGGAGGGCUGCUAUGGGCUUUCGAUAUUUCGACGGUCGCUGACCUGAGGCAAAGAUAUCGGGCAAAGAUGGGAUUGCUCGCUCAAGAAACAAACCCAGAGGACGAGAAGCAAAUGGAGGAGUGGGUAAAUGCAAUGAUGGUUAAACUGAAUAUUGAUCCCAAGGAGUAUUCUGCUGAGAAGGGCGAGAAGGGGAAAGACGCUCUCGGAGGAGCCGGGGAGCAGCUGGAUGAUGCGCGGCCCUCAAAAUGGGCUCAGCCAGGUCAUCGAGUCGUCGUUCAGUCUCCGGUGCUGAAAAUUGCGAACGAGACACUCAUACCUGUGAGACGAUUCAAAGGCAAAGAUGAGAAUUCGGUUUGUUUCAUGCCCGUACAAGAUAUCGAAAAGGAUGGGAGUAUUGCCUACAAAAAUGCAGGGAUCGCUACGGAGGCUACGCAGAUGGAUGCUCAUGGCAUGGCAUUGAUCCAAAGCGACUCUGAAUUCGACUACCAACCUGGUGACCGAUUUUGGCUAUUUAUCACUGCCAAGGGAGACGGCUACGAAAAUGACGUUCCCGUCAUUAACCUACGAACUAUGGAAACAGGAUCGGUACCGCUUUCUCAUGUAUGUUGGUUCCCGAAAAUGCGCGGACCCGGCAAUGAAGUAUGGUCAUUUGGGGGCAACAUCAGAAAGCUCAAACUCCAUGGCAGAAACAAUUUUACUCUAUGGAUUUGGGGCAUAUGUCAAUAUUUGGAUGGACAGCCCGCAACGACUAAAUAUAUUCGAAUACCCGAAAGAAAUGUCAACACUGAUGAACAACAGUGGUUGAAAUCCUCCAACGCUCGGUCUCUAUUUUCUCACAUCUAUAAGAGCAUGACAAAGGAUUAUCAGCAGAUAAUCUCCCCAAUGUUGUCUCCACUUCGAGCAACGCAUUGCAGUAUUUUACCAAGAGGCUUGCACACACCACCCAUUUCGCCAUGUAUGAACGAGCCCCGACCAUUGAAUGAAGAUGUCAGUUUUACACCGAGGCUGGUAUCUAGGGAUUUGGAUGCUGCCUGGAAAAAUAUCAUGAAUCUCGCAUCGAAAGGAACACCGAGGCCUAUCCAGAGUAGUCUCAUUCACCCACAGAGAAUCCUAUCCUCACCCGAUCGUAGGAAAUUUCGUCGAACGGAUCUUGAUGAUACUCGGAGUGAUUUGGGUCAUUUUGACAGCACUGCUAGAUCAUCCACCAGGUCUCCUUCUUUGGACAUGGAGAGUAGAAAAUUCCGUGCUCCCAGUGAUGAUCUCAUGGAGUUAUUAGCGGAUCGGGAUGGAGGAGGCAUACGUUGCGCUUUACGCCUACUGGAUUGGACUCGAAAGCAGGUCGAGGAGAGUCGGGCGAAAGACGCAGAACAUUCGAGACUUUCGGCCGCACAUCCACUUCUCAGGAGAAACCCUACAAUAUUGUUGGAGAGAUACCAGAAGAAGAGAAACCUGUCAGCUAUUACAGAAUUGUGCGAUCGUGGAAAGGACGAUUGCGAGUGGUCACUCCAUUUUACUUCGAAGCAUUAUCAUCCCGACUACAAGAAAUGUAUCAUAAUGAAGAAUAUUCAAGAGCACGAGCAUUGUAUCUCGUCAUUACGGCCACUUCCCAGCAGUGCAGGUCCCUGUCUUCUUACUGCAGGUGCACAGGAACAUCAAUGUUGUAUCUGGGAAGAUGAAGACACGAGAAACUUGCCUGUUACCAUGGAAGAAUUCGAUGAUGUGAAGAUUGUGGAAGCUAAAAACAACUGCAUGCUUAGUGAUGAAAAGGGCAUUGAAAUCCCUGAUCAAUUUAAGGAUGAGAGCAAGAAGAUCAAGGAAGAGAAAUGGGCUCCUUCAUAUGUAUUUGAAGAAUUGUAUGACGGGGAAGGGAAAUGGUUGAGAGAUGAGCUUGCUAAAGGAAAUUAUCGCGACGAAGUUCUUGAACUAGGGAAGAUGCACGAUGGUGGUUAG